GGUGCCACCACACCCAGCCGUAAUUUCUCUAUAAUAGAGAAUAAACAUUCUCUUAUACCUGAGAAGUUACAGCAUUGCUGAUUAGAGUGCUUUAAAAAGUUUAAUCACUCUAAAAAGUUUAAUCACUGUUAAGCUCCUGUACCUGCUUUUCUUAUUUUCAUUAGCAAAUGGUUGGAACAAAAACGUCAGGCCUGAUAGGGUUACUCACCUGGCUCAUCACCCCGGCCCAUGGCCCAUUUUAGGCCCUUUGAAAUGCUGCCUGAUUGUGCUGUCGCCUUCCCUAAUCCAGCUUUAGUGACACAGGGACCUUAGUCUGCACCACAGGACACUAAGUGAAACCACUUGAACCGCUGAGGCCUCUGGGUCCUCAACAUAAGAGAAUCCUGAGGCAAGUAAUCCCGACUAAUGGCUGGUCUGUCCCUGGCAGUGUGUGGCACUCGAUCUUUAGAUGGCCGUAUAAAGUUUGUAAUUAACACGGGUUUAACAAGGCAGCCAUCAGACAGGUUAGCUGAGCGCCUGCCUUUAGAGCCAUGUGUGUUCCAGUAGGAGGUUUUGGUGUAGUCUACUUACUGUAUAGUUAACGUUUUUUCCUGUGCUGGGGAGUGAACCCUUCAUACUGAGCUGUAGCUCUAGCCCUUUUUUGUUUUUUUGUUCUGACAGAGUCUUGCAAAAUUACCCCAAGUAGAAUUAAACUUGCAAUCAUCCUGCCUCAGCCUCGCAGGGAGCUGGGAUUAUAGGCGUGCACCACCAUGCCUGGCUUUGUUUACCCUUUGCAUUCCAGUGCUGUGUCUGCUCCCACCCUUUCUCCCUGGAGCCCUGUGUAUGUCUGCUCCUGGAGAACAAGUGAUUGGUAGGUGCUUUUAUUCAUGGCAGACACUCAGUGUGAUGGCUUCGGACUUGUGUUGUCCGGUCCGUGAGCUCCUGGGGCCGCACCGUCCCCCUUGCCUGGUCAGAGUGGCCCCGCAUGUGCUGUGGACCCAGGGCGCUCCCUGCCGGCACCCUCUGUUUGCCAGUGUGUUGGGCUCCGAAACCCACACGUUGCUCUCUGGUGCCAGCACCCAGGCUCGGCAGAAACCAAGUGGAUGUGAGGUCCCCGCAUCUCAACAUGGACGCUCUGUUAACCGAGCUAAAUGCAGGUACAGGCGCUAUUUAUUUAUUUAUUUGCAGUGCCAGUCAAUAGAAAGCAAUUUUUACAGCACUGGAGAUUCAGCAAGAUUGAAUAGGGGUUAUUUUUGGUUUCACGUGGACACCGUCAUCCGAGAAACACAAAAGAAGAUCACAGCAGUGCUGCACAAGGGGGACACCUUUCCCACCGCUGUGGGUCACACCCUGGGGCCAGGAGGCCACGAGCAUGGAUGGAGCAGCGGCGGCCCCUGCCACCUUCCACUCCCCUGGCUUGGCGUGUCGCCCCUCCUGAGAGGCCAGUCCUGCAGCUGCGCUCUGGUGGCCCUGCUGCUCUUCCUGCUGCUCUUCCUGCUGCCCACCUCCCUUCCUCCCGCCUGCCGAGCCUCUGCCCCGCCCCAGGGGCCCUCCCUCCCUCCCUCCCUCUCCUUGACCUCAGUACCCCAGCUGGGUUUCCAGCUUAGGGCUCCCCUGGUGCCCCUUGAUACCUUGCCAGCCCAGUGGGAUGCAGAGAGCCAAAUCCCCCCAUGGAGCUCACCUGGGACAGGGAGACAGACAGUGACAAAUAAAAUCAGCGUGGCUUGGAGGACUCUAGAAGGCGGCAAGAGCCAGGCAGACUGCGUGUGGAACCGGGGCACAGGCCAGAAGGGUGUGACGGGCCUCAGGGUGGACAGUGCAGUGGUCGGUGCUGUGCGGCCCGAGAGGAACCAGUGCUGUGGGGUUGCUGACCCUGGCCCUUCCUGAGCAGGUGCUACAUCUGCCCCCCGGGCCCGGCUGGCCUCGGAGCUGGUGCCCACACUGCCCCUGCCACAAUCCCACAAGGCCCUGUGUCCAGCUUUGCCCCGGGAGCCUGGCCCACUCCGCAGAGUCGCCCUCUGUAGACACCCGAGCCUGACACCCCCCAGCGUCCUGUGAUGGCCACAGCAGCCAGCCACCCUGGGCAGUGCAGGAGGCGACGUCCCUGGCUUGCAGGGACUGAGAGGUGAAAGACCAUCUUCAGGCUCCUGGGUUCUUUCCUUGGAGCAUUUUGCAGAGCCGUGUCCUGCACCGGCACCCACUCCCUGUGGCGAGUGGCAUCAUUCUGUACUGCA